GGUCCAGUCAAAGCUCAUACUCUUCCACCUGACAGGCGAGCUCAGACGCUGACGCCUCUCGAUCCCCUCCUCCUCUCUAUAAGAACCCCCCCACUUGCUGUUCUCCGAUCCACUCUACCGAUCAUCACCUCGACGGCACACACAGCCGCCAAGAAUUAAGACACGUAGGAAACUAGCAGCAGUGAAGAAGUGAACAUUGAGGGAGUGAGUGAGCUUGCUGCCUGCCUGCGAUGGAGGGCAUGUCGGAAGACAAGUGCGCCCUGGUGGCGGAGCUGGUGCGGGUGCUGGAGAUGGUGAGGCAGCUGGAGGCGCACACGGCGGGCCAGCAGGGCGGCGCGGCGGCCGGAGGGGAGCAGCGGUGCCGGGCGCUCGUGUGCACCAUGCGCGACUCCAUCGACAGGGCCGUGCACAUGGCCAUGUCCUGCUGCGCCGCCGGCGGGCAGCCGGAGUCGCCGCCGUCCGGCGGGGACGGCGGCAGCCCGCGCAGCGCCGGGUCGGACCAGGCCGGCGACUUCCGGGGCCGCGGCAAUGCGGCGGGCCAGUGCAAGAAGAGGAAGACGCUGCCGAAGCGGAGCACCCAGGUGAGGGUGAGCGCCGUCCAGGACGUCACCCCCCUCGACGACGGCCUCAGCUGGAGGAAGUACGGCCAGAAGGACAUCCUCGGCGCCAAGUACCCAAGAGCCUACUUCCGGUGCACGCACCGGCGCACGCAGAGCUGCAACGCGAGCAAGCAGGUGCAGCGCACGGACGGCGACCCGCUGCUCUUCGAUGUCGUGUACCACGGCUCCCACACGUGCGCCCAGGCACAGCACCAGGGCGCCGCCGCCGCGCACCCCGGCGGAGGCAACCAGGGGGCCCAGACGGCCUCCCCGGGGUUGCUGGAAGCGGCAGCAGGGCCCGUGCUGCCGUUCUCGCUCCCCUCCAACGCGCCGGCGGCGGGCGCCGACGACGCCGGCGGCAGCCGUCUCCCGGGCGGCGGCGCCGGCGCCCGUGCCACCGCGUCCCCUUUCGUGUCCCCGGCGACGACGCCGGAGUGCCUGGCACGGGAGGACGUGCCGCAUCACGACGCUGAGCUCGACUCCACCACGAACUCCCCGAUGACCAUGGCGGAGAUGGACUUCAUGUUCCCGCUGGACACCGCCGAUUUCUUGGAGAACCCGGACAGCUACUUCUGAGCAAGAAUUCGACCUGCCUGUAGCGCCGCGAAACCCAAUAGGCUACUGACCGGCCCUGGCGCGCGACGACAGCGGCGACAACGACCGCCGGCGCCGGACGCCGACGCUGCGGAGCCGGACACUGGUCGGGGGGCGGUCCUGCCUGCAGGACAGCCUUUUCGGAAAGGGCGAGGUACAGUAUUGUGGACAAGAGACUUGGAUUUGGUUUUGCUUGCUGCGGGUAAUCGAUCGUCAUCGUGCGACGCAAGUGUGUGACAGGGAUGUAUAGAAUGUACAAGCAGCGCGCCAUGGAUCACGCAUGGGCUUGUCCUACGAUUAUAGCAAGAAAAGGCUACCCAUAUAUUGGUGACCAUGGAGCCAGGACAAAGCAGCUGAUGUUACACCCUUUUGAAAUUGUACUGUAGUGAUGUACAAUAAAGAGCCUAUUGUAUUUUUUGAAAGAGAGAUUUUAUUACUCAUAUAGAAAUAUCAUCAGUGCAGUCCGGAGCAAUGUUUUGCUCCACACAUUCAGUGAACAUCCAACCAUGGU